GGUCGCUUCGAGUUCUCGCGCAAGGACCUGAUCGGCCACGGCGCUUUCGCGGUGGUCUUCAAGGGACGCCACCGCGAGAAGCACGACUUGGAGGUUGCGGUCAAGUGCAUUAACAAGAAGAACCUGGCCAAGUCCCAGACGCUGCUGGGGAAGGAAAUCAAAAUUCUCAAGGAGCUGAAGCACGAGAACAUUGUGGCGCUGUACGACUUCCAGGAAAUGGCCAAUUCUGUCUACUUGGUCAUGGAGUACUGCAAUGGCGGUGACCUAGCCGACUACCUGCACACCAUGCGGACCCUGAGCGAGGACACCAUCAGGCUCUUCCUGCAGCAGAUCGCUGGCGCCAUGCGCCUGCUGCACAGCAAAGGCAUCAUUCACCGUGACCUGAAGCCACAGAAUAUCCUGCUGUCCAAUCCCGGGGGGCGCCGUUCGAACCCCAACAAUAUCCGUGUCAAGAUCGCGGACUUCGGGUUCGCCCGCUACCUGCAGAGCAACAUGAUGGCGGCCACGCUGUGCGGCUCCCCCAUGUACAUGGCCCCUGAGGUGAUCAUGUCACAGCACUACGAUGGGAAGGCAGACCUGUGGAGCAUUGGCACCAUCGUCUACCAGUGCCUGACGGGGAAGGCCCCGUUUCAGGCCAGCAGCCCUCAGGACCUGCGACUGUUCUACGAGAAAAAUAAGACGUUGGUCCCUGCCAUCCCCCGAGAGACCUCGGCACCCCUGCGGCAGCUGCUCCUGGCGCUGCUGCAGCGCAACCAUAAAGACCGCAUGGACUUUGAUGAGUUUUUCCACCACCCUUUCCUGGACGCCAGUGCCUCCCUCAAGAAGUCCCCGCCCAUGCCUGUGCCCUUGUACCCGAGCUCAGGGUCUGGCAGCAGCUCCAGCAGCAGCUCCACCUCGCAUCUGGCCUCCCCUCCGUCCCUGGGGGAGAUGGCUCCGAUGCAGAAGACACUGACCUCCCCAGCUGACGCUGCUGGCUUCCUGCAUGGCUCCCGGGACUCGGGUGGCAGCAGCAAGGACUCCUGCGACACAGACGACUUCGUCAUGGUCCCUGCUCAGUUCCCAGGUGACCUGAUGGCUGAGGCAGCCAGUGCCAAGCCCCCAUCAGACAGUCUACUCUGCAGUGGGAGCUCGCUGAUGGCCUCUGCGGGGCUGGAGAGCCACGGCCGGACCCCAUCUUCCUCCCCGUCCUGCAGUAAUUCACCCAGCCCAUCUGGCCGGGCUGGCACCUUCUCCAGCAGCAGGUAUGGCGCCUCGGUCCCCAUCCCUGUCCCCACUCAGGUGCACAACUACCAGCGCAUUGAGCAGAACCUGCAAUCCCCCACCCAGCACCACACACCUCGGUCCUUUGCCAGCCGCAGGUCCGGUGGCACCAGCCCCCUGGGCUUUGCCCGGGCGAGCCCGUCACCCCCGUCCCAUGCUGAUGGCGCUGUCCUGGCCAGGAAGUUGUCUCUGGGCGGAGGCCGGCCCUACACACCAUCCCCACAGGUCGGAGCCAUUCCUGAGCGGCCCAGUUGGAGCCGGGCACCCUCCCCACAGGGAGCGGAGGUGUGGACUGGCAGGUUACCACGGCCAGGCUCCUCCGUGCCCGAGCAUUCCCCCCGAACUCCUGGGCUAGGCUGCCGUCUGCACAGCGCCCCCAACCUGUCGGACCUGCACAUCGUGCGUCCUAAGCUGCCCAAACCCCCAACAGACCCUCUGGGAGCCGCCUUCAGCCCCCCGCAACCCAGCCCAUCCCCACCUGCCCCUGUGCUGCAGUCCUGCCGGCCCCUGCGAGGCUCACCCAAGCUUCCUGACUUCUUACAGCGGAACCCCCUGCCCCCUAUCCUGGGCUCCCCUACCAAGGCCAUGCCCUCCUUCGACUUCCCCAAGGUCCCCAGCUCCCAGAACCUUUUGGCUCUGCUGGCCAGGCAGGGCAUGGUGGUAACACCCCCCCGGAACCGGACACUGCCUGACCUCUCGGAGGUGGGCCCUUUCCAGGGACAGCAGCUGGGCUCUGGCCUGCGGCCAGCCGAGGAUGCCAAGGGCCCCUUUGGCCGAUCCUUCAGCACCAGCCGCCUCACUGACUUGCUCCUCAAGGCUGCAUUUGGGACACAGGCCUCAGACUCUGGCAGCACCGAUAGCCUGCAGGAAAAGCCCAUGGAGAUCGCACCCUCUGCUGGCAUUGGAGGGAACUUGCACCCCGGAGCCCGUGCUGGGGGCGCCAGCAGCCCAGCCCCUGUGGUGUUCACUGUGGGCUCACCCCCCAGUGGGACAACACCGCCGCCAGGGCCCAGGGGCAGGAUGUUCUCAGUGGGUUCCUCGGGCUCUCUGGGCUCUGCUGGUUCCUCUUCUGCCCGCCACCUGGUGCCUGGGCCCUGUGGCGAGGCUGCCCCUGAGCUCACCACUCCAGGCCACUGCUGCAGUGCUGGCGAACCCCUGGCCGCCCACCUGGAGGGGGCUGUGACCUUUGAGGCCCCUGACCUCCCCGAGGAGACCCUUAUGGAGCAAGAGCACACGGAGAUUCUGCAUAGCCUGCGCUUCACGCUGGCCUUCGUGCAACAUGUACUGGAGAUCGCAGCCCUGAAGGGCAGCACCAGUGAGGUGGCCGUGGGCCCCGAGUACCAGCUGCAGGAGAGUGUGGUGGCCGACCAGAUCAGCUUGCUGAGCCGCGAGUGGGGCUUCGCGGAGCAGCUGGUGCUGUACCUCAAGGUGGCCGAGCUUCUGUCUUCUGGCCUGCAGACAGCCAUUGACCAGAUCCGGGCAGGCAAGCUGUGUCUGUCAUCCACCGUGAAGCAGGUGGUGCGCAAGCUGAAUGAGCUAUACAAGGCCAGCGUGGUGUCCUGCCAGGGCCUGAGCUUGAGGCUGCAGCGCUUCUUCCUGGACAAGCAGCGGCUGCUGGACGGCAUCCACGGCGUCACCGCUGAGAGGCUCAUCCUCAGCCACGCGGUGCAGAUGGUGCAGUCAGCCGCCCUGGACGAGAUGUUCCAGCACCAUGAGGGCUGUGUGCCACGCUACCACAAGGCCCUGCUGCUCCUCGAGGGGCUACAGCACAUGCUGUCAGACCAGGCUGACAUUGAGAACAUUGCCAAGUGCAAGCUGUGCAUCGAACGGAGACUCUCGGCGCUGCUCUCUGGGGUCUGUGCCUGA